AGACAGACACUAUUAUCAAUUCAAGAUGCUCCAACAAUGCCUCAUUGUUCUAUUUUUUCUGGGUGCCUGCUCAAGUCAAUGCAUGGACACUUCACUGUCUUGCCCUGACCAAGUGAUCGCUUGCUUUGAACCUUCUGUGCAAAGUGAAUGUCCGUAUAGCUGUGCCACUUGUCAGUUUGACCCGAAUGAGUGUGUGGACAGAAACACCCAAUGUCAGACUCUGAAGGUCUUCUGUGAUGAUCCGAAGAAUAGCGAGCAAUGCCAGGAAAGCUGUGGAAUAUGUGUGCCCACUAGAAAAAUAACAUCUACUUUGCGACCGGUACAUGUUGGUACACAAACGACUACAGUAAAGCCAACUAGUCCUAAGACUUCAUCAACAGCUUCAGAACCAUGCUACGAAAAUCCAAUGUGAGAGGCCUAUAUAAUGACCUGAAAACCCGGUGUAGUUCCUGAUCCUUACUAUUCCAUAACAACUUAAUAUUUUAUUUAAAUUAAUAGUAUUUGCCAUUAAUAAUAAAUAUGUCAGUAAAUCAA